AUAUAACUUAUUACUCUGUAAGUUAUAUCACUGAUAUUCCAUAUAACAUGAGCAUCAUUAAUUAUUCACAAUGCAACUAAAUUCUACAAGGCGAGGUCCUGGCGACCCGACGAAAAGCGAUCAAAGCCAAUUGGCAUCGCGACUCGAAGGUUGAGAAACGGGGCAUUAGGUCAUAUCAGAGUACGAUUAGCAUUUAUUCUUAUGUAUAGACGAAGUGAAUUCCUUACGUGACAAAAGACAAAUGACAGACGACGUCCCAACCCGCUUGAGCUGCUUUUUGCUUUAUAACUUAAAAUGUCGGAGAUGGAAUUAAAGUUAGAUUAAAGCUUGUGAGUAUUUCCUGUAGGACUGUAAAGUAGAAGUGAUAGAUUUGUCCGUAGAAAUUAUAGAUAUUUGUAAAGUAAAAUUAUUGUAUAGAGAGUAUUGUGAAUGAUGCACGUGCAUGGAUAACCUGUGUCUGUACUAAUGAAAGUAAGAUAAAAAUAAAUGAUAUAUUAGUAUGUUUAUAUGUGUGUAUUUUAUCUUUAUAUUAUUUAAUAGAUAGAUACACUGCAUGUGCGUGUGUCAGGGCCCGCGCGUAGAAUACGGAUAAACAUCCAUUAAAUAUGCGUUUAUGUAUAAAUACUGUUACCUGUACCUGUAUAUAGAUAGUUACGCUUUAGUACUACACACUAAAAGGUUCCAUCACUGUGUUAGUUUUAUGCAUGGCGGAGGAUCUUCAUAACACGAGCGGUGAGUGCGACUCACAACCUGGACAGAUUCCGCCUCAGUAUACGUUGUUAUAGAUACUUUCAUUUUCAUUUCUUUGAAAAUUCCUUUUGGCUGAAUAUACUAAGUUCUGCACAGUAACUUCGAUGAUUUAGCGUAUUGCAAAGUUCCAUGAUUCUGCGGUGAUAACUCGUUCCUAUGUGAGUCGCACUCCGCCCCCCCCCCCCCUACCCGUGCCCCCGCUCAGCCGUGGCGCCGUGCGUUCAGCCGUUCACUCCGUGUCGGUCUUGCAGCCGCCGUCAACAGCAUGUUACGACACAUGGGACACUCUUUCCAAUCUGGCUUGUACACUCUGGGCUCGACGCUGGACAGGCAUGUGGUGCCCCACGUGCGUUAUGCCGCCGAGCGAAUCACCGAAGACGUGGCUCCGUCCAUAGGGCAUGCGCUAAUGCGGGCCGGAAACCAGGUGGCCCUGCGCACCGCCGAGGGCCUGCAGGCGGGCGCGCAGGUCAUUAAGACGAAAAUCGUGCCCGCCAUCGAGGAGCGGCUGGUGCAGGCCAGCAACGCGGCCGUGCCCGUCAUCAACCACGGCCUUGACGUCCUCGAGGCCACCAUCCAGAAGAGCGCCGACGUCGUGUCCAAGUCCACGGCGAAGGGCAUCGACCGCCUCAGCUCCACGGUUCUGGGCGAGCAGCGGCACACGCGCGUCAAAACAAUCGCCAAUAACAUCCACGGGGGCAUUAACAACGGCCUUAACAACUUGGCGGGUGCAAUUAACAACCUCAACUCACGCAAUACUAACAACAACGCCUUUACUGACCAAGACUACCACGAUUACGUCAUUUCCCAAUACGAUUCCUCCCGAGGCCCUCAGUACGUGCCAGAGUACCCGGACGGACACUACCUCCCGGACUACCCCACAGACUACUCGCAAUACUCAUACCAACAACAGACUCCGCCCAAGACAGUGGGCGGCGCCCUCUCGCAGGUCGUGACCAACGGCGCCUACACCCUCUCUAGACACGUCCUCGGACACAACCUGACCGACGCCCUGGCACCCAUCGCCAAGUCAGUGUCUAAUGUCGUUGGACAAACUAUCCCUGCAGUCUCGCUCGGCGAUGGACGCAUUGUCAUAGACCUGCCCAACACGGACAUCGAGAGGGACGAUUCCUCCCGCAGCUGCACCACGCCUGUGGGGGAGGCCGGCCUCUGCAAGGACCUCAGCGACUGCCCGAACCUCAUCCUCGACCUCACGAACUUGCGGAAGUCCGUCUGCUUCAAGAGCCUCUUCGUCCCUGGUGUCUGCUGUCCUAUUAGGGACCUAGACCUGAACAGCGUACAAAGCCCGUCGUCCGUGACCAGCCGCCCCCGCCCUGUCACAGUCCCAACUCAGCGGCCUCAGCCCCUGCCUCCUGUGCCUGGAACUUCACCUCGCCCAGUUCCCAUACAACCUAUAGCAGAGGUCGCGCAGCCUAACUUUGAAUGCGGGCAGCCGAAGAUCCCGACCUUCCGCGUGGUUGGCGGCGACGAGUCCCGAAGAGGCCAGUGGCCCUGGGUCGCAGCCGUCUGGUUGCACGGACCCAAGAAGACGGUGUUCUGGUGCGGAGGAUCUCUCAUCUCAAAGCAGUACGUCCUCACCGCCGCUCACUGCACCAAGGACACGCGGGGAAAGACAUUUGAUGCCCAGCAGUUCAGCGUGCGUCUUGGAGACCACAACAUCUUCAGUGAGAGUGAUGACUUCAUUUCCAACCCCCAGACAUACAGGGUCCAGUCCAUCCGCCCUCACCCAGAAUUCAUCUCGCACGGCUUCUACAACGACGUGGCGCUCCUGAAGCUCGACCGGCCCGUCGACUUCACGGAAUACAUCCUGCCCGUGUGCCUCCCGUCGACGGACAUGGCGCGGCAGUCCUUAGACCACAUGGUCGGCCAGACGCCCUCGGUCAUCGGCUGGGGCUCCACCGCCUACGGUGGCCACGAGAGUGCCGUGUUGCGCGAAGUCCAGGUCCCCGUCUGGAAAAACAGCGACUGUAACGCCGCCUACACGCAGCCCAUCACUGAAGUCUUCAUCUGCGCGGGCUUCACGGAGGGAGGGCGAGAUGCCUGCCAGGGUGACAGCGGUGGCCCUCUGCAGCUCUACAUCAAUGGGAAUUGGAUUCAAAUUGGCAUCGUUUCGUUUGCCAUUCGUUGCGCCGAACCGGGCCAUCCGGGCGUCUACACAAGACUUACUGAAUUCUUGCCCUGGAUACACUCGAACAUGAUAUAAGGGUACUGCUAUGCUGUGCAAGGCAGAUCACUGUGAUACCAGUAUGUAGAAAUGAACAGACCUUUUAGUCAACAUUUGCAGCAAGACUAACAUUGCUAUGUUCACAAGCAAUCUGGUCUGGAACUACUUCUUUGUAAUAAGUUUAAGAUAUGCCUGUUGUUGUAGUGUUUACACAUGAACAAACAUGUUAUUUAUUUGUUUUUGUUAGUAUAAAGAUUAUACAGAUAACAAGAAAUAAGGUUUUUCAAUUGCUCUAGUUUUAAUAUUGUUGUGACUCAUAUUUCUGGAGGCACUUUUAUAAACAAUUGUCUUUAGAAACCUGUUCGUAAUAAUUAACUGAUUAUAGUUCGCAUUCGCAAUCAUAUAUUUUACACUGUAUUGUGCAUUUUCAUCAGAAUAAUUCCAUUCAGUUCAUAUUAUAUCACUCAUUGGUCAUUGCUGUGUUGCACAUGUUAUUAACUAAUUACUCGCUGCAGCGAUAGCCUAGUUACGAUCUCUUUUCCCCUCACUUGCAAUGCCUGUAAAAGUUAUAGUUAUAAUACCUGCUUCUCUUGAAGAUGACAGUUUUCUUACAAAAAUAACAUUCUGCUGGACAGAUCCAUCUUUUUGUAAAUGUAUGUAAAUAUGUUACCUCAUUAAAGAAUAAAUGCCAUAUGACUUCU